UGGGUCUAUAAAAAGGAGGGAGCGGAGAGCACCGCCUCACCUCCGCCCUUGGAAGACUCAGGAGCAGGAAAAAUGUUCACUCUCCUGGUUUGCAUCCUGACCCUGCAGCAAGUGCACUCUGCCUGCGUGGAUCAAGACAUUUGCCCGGAUAAACCAGCUAUACAGGCCGAGAUCAUUGACGUCCACAACGCCUUCCGGAGAGCUGUUGAGCCUACUGCUUCUGACAUGCUGUUGAUGAGCUACAGCGAGGAGGUGGCAGCCAGCGCUCAGGCCUGGGCUGACAACUGUGUUCUGGCUCACGGAGAACCCAGCACCCGCAUGCUCAAUGGAUAUGAACUGGGGGAGAAUCUGUUCUAUUCAUCUUCACCUUACCCGUGGACCGCCGUGGUCAACGCCUGGCACAGUGAGGUGGCCAACUACCUGUACCCCAAUGGCUCCACCAACGCCAAAACCGUGGGUCACUACACACAGGUGGUGUGGAACAGCUCCUACAAAGUUGGCUGUGGAAUGACAUUGUGCCCUAACGGCAUUUAUUUCUACGCCUGCCAUUAUUACCGAGCAGGGAACUUCAGGACAUGGCCGCCUUACAAGGUCGGACCCUCCUGCGCUUCCUGCCCCAAUAACUGUGAAGACAAACUGUGCACCAACCCCUGUCCCUACAUAAACAAGUACCUCAACUGUCCCAGCUUGAAGACAUUGGUUGGAUGCAGCAACAAUCUGGUGUCUUCCUGGUGUCCCGCUUCGUGCCAGUGCAUCGACGAAAUCAUUCCAAUAGCCUGAAGAGGAGCGCUGGAGUCCGCAGCGUGUAAUCAAGCAGUUUUACGUGUCUGUUGGUUCUCUCUCUAUGAGGCCAGAUACUGCAAACCUCAUCAAUUUCCUCUGAGCUUACAAGUGAUUUACCGAUGACACGAGCAAAGAACGCGUCUGGAUGGGAUGGGGCUUAGCACUGAUUGCCGCGAGUUUAAGGGACGUUUUUUGGUUUUAAAUAUUGAUCUCUAAUCAAAACCCAAUGGGAUGCUGCAUCCCAGUGAUGUGUCAUAAUCUUGUCCUGCUGGACUUUAUUCAUUUUGGAAAUGUGUAAGUGAAAGCAGUAAGAACUUUUAAUUCAAGUCCAAUAUAUAAUAAAUAAUAAAAAGUUAAUUCUACACACAAUCAGA